CACCAACGUCCUGCUUCAUUCUCGUGCGAACACCUUCAUUAUUUUCAUGGUACGGAUAGGUUGUCUCUUCGGAAGAGGAAAUCUCAAUUACUAGCCAAUCGCAACUCCAACAAUAUCAGUCCUAUCGAGUGCUUUGUCAUAUCACGAAUCGGAAACUUCAGUCCUCGAAACACCCGAACAACGCCAACCAAAACACUAUCGUGGUAACGCGGCCUUGUGCCCAAGAUGGCGAUGCAAUUGGAUUUGUCACAGGCCCAACUGUUGAAGGACGAGACCGGCCGACCAUUCAUCGUUGUUCGAGACCAAGGAAAGAAGAAGAGAACCCAUGGCACAGAUGCAGUGAAACAGCAUAUUGUAGCGGCUAGGACUGUGGCCGGCAUUGUCAAGACAUCUUUGGGACCCCGAGGCUUGGACAAGAUUCUCAUUUCUCCCGAUGGAGACAUCCAGAUAACUAACGAUGGCCGCACAAUCAUGUCUGAGAUGGAACUUACAAAUCCAAUUGCAAAACUGAUGGUCGAACUGUCGAAGUCGCAGGACGAGGAGAUUGGUGACGGCACGACGGGUGUGGUUGUGUUGGCCGCAGCUUUAUUAGAUCAGGCUGCAGACCUCAUUGACAAGGGGAUUCAUCCAAUUCGGAUCGCAGACGGCUAUGAUCAAGCAUGCGAAGUUGCAGUUGCACAACUCGACAAGAUCAGCGACGAGAUACCAUUCACAAGAGAACGACAGGAGAAUCUAAUAAAGGUUGCCAAAACAUGCCUGGGCAGCAAAAUCGUCAGCAAAGCACAUGAUCAGUUCGCCAAAAUUGCAGUCGAUGCUGUCAUGUCUGUUGCCGACUUGGAACGCAAAGAUGUCGACUUCGAACUUAUCAAGGUAGAUGGCAAGGCCGGAGGCUCAAUAGAGGAUUCGCUGCUUGUCAAGGGUGUCAUCGUGGACAAGGACUUCUCACACCCUCAGAUGCCCAGCGAAGUGAAAGACGCCAAACUCGCUAUUUUAACAUGCGCCUUUGAACCCCCCAAGCCGAAGACCAAGCACAAGCUGGAUAUCUCUACCGUGGAAGAGUUCAAGAAACUACAACAAUACGAGCAGAACAAGUUCGUUGAGAUGAUCGAUAUGAUCAAAGCCACCGGAGCCAACCUCGUCAUUUGCCAGUGGGGCUUUGAUGAUGAAGCAAACCAUCUUCUUCUUCAAAACCAUUUGCCAGCUGUUCGAUGGGUAGGCGGGCCUGAGAUUGAGUUAAUAGCCAUUGCCACCAAUGGAAGAAUCGUGCCCCGCUUCGAGGAUUUAAGCAGCGAAAAGUUGGGCAAGGCCGGUAUUGUAAGAGAAAUGACUUUCGGUACCACCCGUGAAAAGAUGCUGGUCAUUGAGGAAUGUGCAAACACCCGGGCAGUUACUGUCUUUGUACGAGGAAGCAACAAGAUGAUCAUUGAUGAGGCUAAGAGAUCAUUACAUGAUGCCCUGUGUGUGGUACGAAACCUGGUCAGAGACAACAGAGUUGUAUAUGGUGGCGGCGCAGCUGAGAUUGCAUGCUCACUGGCUGUGGAAGAUGCAGCCAACAAAUCACCUGGCCUGGAACAAUAUGCUAUGAGGGCAUUUGCCGACGCCCUUGACUCGGUUCCUAUGGCUCUUGCAGAAAACUCUGGACUAAGUCCUAUCGAAACACUUGCUGAGGUCAAGUCACGACAAGUCAAGGAGCAGAACUCACGACUAGGUGUGGAUUGUAUGAGCACUGGCAGCAACGAUAUGCGGGAACACUUUGUCAUUGACCCCUUGAUCGGAAAGAGGUCACAACUUUUGCUGGCGACACAGCUCUGCCGAAUGGUGCUCAAAAUCAACAAUGUGAUUAUGUCCGGAGAUGAUGACAACGAGUUCUAAGCUCGUCUAUGAAACGAUCCAGUAUUCUAUGGCGUCUGUCAGAGACAAAAAGCGUGCAUGAGAAAGGAUUCAUGAAUCUGUAUAAAAGAUACCCGGACUCGAAAUGGGAUAGAAUCAAUCAAGCUCUUGACAUCUCUGACUCUGUUCAGCGUGCGCCCCGAUUGGGUCGAUGUAUGAUGCCUUCUCUCCCUCAUUUAUUACCAGAUGACUCCUCUGAGGACUGUUGAAUCUUUCAUAACGAGUGCGUAGAACUGCUGGUAUCAUCAACUAUCGGAUUUAAGGAUAUCUCGGGGAUGAUGCUUACCUUACGGAGCCAACCCGAUCAUUCUCCUUGGACAUAAUUGGAUCAAGAGGCGUAAGCCAGCUGCAUCCACUUCUGACUCUUUUGGUAUCGAUGAUGCCGCCAGGGAGAGUGCUUCCCUUCCUAUCUAGUUGCUGGCAAAAGAUGAUCAGACCGCGCCCAAGAUGAUUAAAUUUGGUUCCAGCAUGAUGGGCGUUU